AUGAAUACAAAUAAUUUAGAUACAUGUCCAUAUAAAGUUAUACUUGGAUCUACAUCUGAAAGUCGCAAAGUUAUAUUAAAAAAAGCAGGUGUGAAUAUUUCAGAUUAUAUAUCAGCUGAUAUUGAUGAAAGAAGUAUUAAUGGAGAUUCUCCGCAAGAACUAGUUUUAAAAUUAUCCCAUGCUAAACUUAAAGCAGUAUUAAAGAAAUCAGAUAAUAUAUUAAAUAGCAAUAAUAAAGGUUUAAUGAGUAAAGUAUUAGUUAUAUGUGCUGAUUCAAUAGCAUAUAAAGAUGGAGAAAUUAGGAAUAAACCAGUGGAUAAUGAAGAAAAAAGACAAUUUCUUAAAUCAUAUAGUAAUAGUUAUGUAGAUGUUGUUUCUGGAAUAGCUAUAUAUAAUAAUGUCUCAAAUUCGAUUAUUGACACUGUUGUUACUUCAAGAGUAUAUUUUAAAAUAAUACCACAAUAUGUAAUAGAAAAUGCUGUUUUAUAUUCUAAAAUAAUAGGGAACACUUGUGGUGGUUUUGCUAUUGAUUGUCCUAUAUUAGAAGAUUAUGUAGAUCAUAUUGAGGGUGAUCAUGACAAUAUUAUGGGAAUAUCUUCUAUAGAAACUAAGAGAUUAAUUGAACUCUCAAUUAAACAAGCUAAAUAA